CAUCGUGCGCCACCUACCCGCCUAGCCUUCUCGCCAUGUCUUCUCACAAGACUUUCAGAAUCAAGCGAUUCCUGGCUAAGAAACAAAAGCAAAAUCGUCCUAUUCCUCAGUGGAUUCAGAUGAAAACUGGCAACAAAAUCAGGUACAACUCCAAGAGAAGACACUGGAGGAGAACGAAGCUGGGUCUGUAAGGAGUCAACAAUGAAUGGCAAAACAAUUAAUGAUGAAUCGUGAUCCUUGAUGAGUGUUAGAAGAUGAAGUUCAACAUUUUCAAUCUGGAGACUUGAUCAUGUUUAAGUUGGGAGUGGUUUCUCCAGUAAUAAAAU